AUGGCUGGUUCUCUAGUAAGCAUAUCCCAGGGUCUAUUGACAUUCAAGGAUGUGCAUGUGGACUUUUCCCAAGAGGAAUGGAAGUGCCUGGACUCUGCUCAGAGGGCUUUGUACAUUGAUGUGAUGCUGGAGAAUUACAACAAUCUGGUCUCUGUGGAGAAAUAUUUCAUAUGUGAUCCUGUCCAUCAACUCGGGAAAACUGAAAAGGAGUCUUGUCAGUGUAAUGAGCUCGGAAAUAUUUUUCAUGACCCCUCUACAUGUGCACUUUUUAGAACGAGUGAAACUGUAGAAAACUCUAAUAACUACGGAUGCAGUAAUUACAGGGAUGCCUCCGUUGACUCAUCAAACCCAGAGAGACAUGAAAGCAUGCACACUGGAGAAGAACCUUGCAAUUCUAAAGAAAGUGAGAAAUCCUUAAAUGUGUGUUCAAGCAUUACUCAACAUCACAGACUCUACACUGCAAAGAGCAAGCACAGGGAGGGAGAAUAUGAACGUCUUGACACUACAUAUAGUCUUUUUCAACAACCAAUCUGCAUUGGAAAGAAACCAUACCAGUGUGGGAAAUGUAAAAAAUUCUAUAGUACUUCUUCAUAUCUCACUGUGCAUCAGAGAAUUCACACAGGAGAGAAGCCUUACAAAUGUAAAGACUGUGACAAAUCCUUUAUUAUGAAGUCAAGUCUUAUAAAACAUGAAAGAAUUCAUACCGGAGAGAAGCCUUACACAUGUAAGGACUGCAACAAAUCCUUUAAUGUGAGUUCAAAUCUUACAAUGCAUAAAAGAAUUCAUGCAGAAAAGAAGCCUUACAAAUGCAAAGACUGUGACAAAUCCUUCAGUACAAGGCCAUGUCUUACAGUGCAUCAGAAAAUACAUACAGGAGAGAAGCCUUACACAUGUAAGGACUGUGACAAAUCCUUUAUUAUGAAAUCGAAGCUUAUGCAGCAUCAAAGAAUUCAUACAGGAGAGAAGCCUUACACAUGUAAGGACUGUAACAAAUCGUUUAAUGUGAGGUCAUAUCUUAUACUGCACCAGAGAAUUCAUACAGGAGAGAAGCCUCACAAAUGUAAAGACUGUGACAAAUCCUUUACUAUGAAAACAACUCUUACAGUGCACCAGAGAAUUCACACAGGAAAGAAGCCUUACACAUGUAAGGACUGUGACAAAUCCUUUGUUAUGAAGUCAAAACUUACUCAGCAUCAGAGAAUUCAUACAGGAGAAAAGCCUUACAAAUGUAAGGACUGUGAGAAAUCCUUUGCUGUGAGGCCAACUCUUAGAGAGCAUCAAAGAAUUCAUACAGGAGAAAAGCCUUACAAAUGUAAGGACUGUGAGAAAUCCUUCACUGCAAAGUCAACUCUUACACAGCAUCAGAGAAUUCAUACAGGAGAGAAGCCUUACAAAUGCCAGGAAUGUGACAAAUCAUUUACCACAUGCACAUAUCUUAGAGAGCAUCAGAAAAUUCAUACUGGAAAGAAACCUUACAAAUGUGGAGAAUGUAGCAGAUCUUUUGCUACACUCACAUAUCUUAAAAAACAUCAGAAAAUUCAUACUGGUUAGAAACCUUACAAUCCUGCACCUUGGAGGAGUCGCACGGUGCAGAUCUGGGUGCGGAGGACACGGCGGGUGCCGCGGGGACCUGAAAACUCCGGAGCCGCAGUCUCCACGCUUGCGGCCUGGAAAAGUCACAGUCAGCAGCGCAGUGGCGGGAACCGCAGCCCGGCGGCCCUGGAACCUCCCAGUGUGCUUUUAUCCACCGUUGAUUUUGCCAUCUCGGACAUGAAUGUGCACACUGUUGGAAACACAGUAUUCCGCAAAGUGUCUUUGCCAGGCCUUAUGGACCGCUGUCAGUUGAAGGCUAGUAGCGUGUACUUACAGACUUCAAGGAUAGUCACUUCUGUUGACAUUCAGGGAUGUGGCUGUGAACUUCACAUGGGAGGAGUGGGAAUGCCUGGACUCUGCUCAGAGGGCUUUGUACAUUGAUGUGAUGUUGGAGAAUUACAGCAACCUGGUCUUUGUGGGUGA